AUGGGUAGUGACGACGUUUUGUUUGAGUUUGUGAACCUCGAGGAUAUGAUUAAUUGUUUUGAAUUAUUGAAUGGCAAAUAUUACGUAUAUAAGGAGUCAGAAAUUCCAAAAUUGGUUGGACCACUUACUGAGAUUUAUUUAGAUAGAAUAUUAGGUUAUUUUUCGACCAGCACAUUAUCGGACUCUAUUAAAAUAAAUACUUUGCUUAAUAAUUUAUCAGACGAGGUCUUUGACAAUAUUAAAUCAAUUUGUUCCGAUACCGACAUAUUAGAUCUUAAAAUAGUGACCAAAAAGCUACAUUUACCGGUGGGUUAUCACGGGCGAGCUUCCUCGGUUAUCGUUAGCUCCACACCCGUUACCCGACCCAAUGGUCAGACUCAACCUGCUAAUGAUAAACCCCCGAUCUUCGGCCCCAGCUCCAAACUGGAUAUCGAAUUGGAGAUGGCCUUAUUUGUCGGGGGGCCCGAGAAUCCUCUAGGAAAACCGAUUCCCAUAUCCGAAGCCCAUAAACGGAUAUUCGGACUCGUGCUCAUGAAUGAUUGGAGUGCCAGGGACAUCCAAAAGUGGGAAUAUUUUCCACUGGGCCCAUUCCUGGGAAAAUCUUUCGGCACAUCCAUUUCUCCUUGGAUCAUCACUAUAGACGCCUUGAGGCCCUUCAUAGUGCCCAACGUUGUGCAGGAUCCCGAAGCUAUGCCGUACUUGAGACACGCCGACGCUUUCAAUUUUAACGUUGAUCUGGAAAUCCUAUACAAAA